AUGGCUUGCGCUUUAUUCGACUCUGGCGCUACGAGGUCCUUUGUGUCUGCAAUGUUUGCACGCACGUGUAAUCUGCUGACUCAGACGUUCGCUCAAACUAUAGUAGUGUCAAUUCCUGAUGGGAGCACGAUCACCAGUACUCACAUAUUGAAAAAUUGCCCUUUAACCCCAAAGGAGAGAUUGAUGGAAGUCGACUUAAUCGUCUUCGACCAACUAGAGUUCGACGUUAUACUAGGAAUGGACUGGCUAUCCAAACUCUGUGUUAGGAUAGACUGUCGGAGCAAGGAAAUUAUCUUUGAUUCACCCGCAAGGAAGUGCAUCGUUAAUGAUGCCACGGCCUACUUAGCAUUCAUAGUGGAGAAUUAUGGUGGUAAUAAGGAGAAUCAAAGGAUACCUAUAGUUGAGGAGUAUCCUGAGGUUUUCACCGAUGAUCUAUCGGGAUUACCCCCUGAUAGAGAAACAUAG